CUUGCGUGCCUGCCGCGGCAAGAUGGCGGCGGCGGAAGUGAAUGGAGGGAUACCCACGACGGGAAUGUUUAGAGACCUGUGGAGGAGCCAUUCUUACUAAGAUUUCCUGAAAAUGGAUCAGUGUCAAUCAAGAAGUGAUGGGGAGUGUGGAACACUUGCUGUUUUCUGAAUGAUUUGUGAUGAUAAGACUUGUCCACAAGAAGUGAGCCGGGCAAGGCUGCUUUUCUAUGCUAAAACUGAGGAGCUGAUUGGCACCAUGAAAGUCUUCUGCGGGCGUGCCAAUCCAACCACGGGAUCCAUGGAGUGGCUGGAGGAGGAUGAGCACUAUGAUUACCACCAGGAGAUUGCAAGAUCAUCCUAUGCUGAUAUGCUGCACGACAAAGAUAGGAAUAUAAAAUAUUACCAGGGUAUCCGGGCUGCUGUGAGCAGGGUGAAGGACAGAGGACAGAAGGCCUUGGUUCUUGACAUUGGCACUGGCACUGGACUCUUGUCAAUGAUGGCAGUCACAGCAGGCGCUGACUUCUGCUAUGCCAUUGAGGUUUUCAAGCCUAUGGCUGAUGCUGCUGUGAAGAUUGUAGAGAAAAAUGGCUUCAGUGAUAAGAUUAAGAUUAUCAACAAGCAUUCCACUGAGGUGACCAUAGGACCAGAUGGUGACAUGCCAUGCCGUGCCAACAUCCUGAUCACAGAGCUGUUUGACACGGAACUGAUUGGGGAGGGAGCACUGCCUUCCUAUGAGCAUGCACACAGGCAUCUCAUGCAGGAAAACUGUGAGGCAGUGCCUCACAGAGCAACUGUCUACGCGCAGCUGGUGGAGUCUAGGAGGAUGUGGUCAUGGAACAAGCUGUUUCCCAUCCGUGUUCAGACCAGCCUUGGAGAGAAGGUCAUCGUUCCCCCCUUGGAGUUGGAGAGGUGCCCCGGCGCACCUUCAGUUUGUGACAUUCAGCUGAACCAGGUGUCGCCCACUGACUUCACUGUCCUCAGCGACGUGCUGCCUAUGUUCAGUGUGGACUUCAGCAAGCAAGUCAGUAGCUCGGCAGCCUGCCAUAGCAGGCAGUUUGAACCUCUGGCAUCUGGCCAAGCACAGGUGGUUCUCUCCUGGUGGGACAUUGAAAUGGACCCUGAGGGGAAGAUCAAGUGCACCAUGGCCCCCUUCUGGGCACACUCGGACCCAGAGGAGCUCCAGUGGCGGGACCACUGGAUGCAAUGUGUGUACUUCCUGUCACAAGAAGAGCCUGUCAUCCAGGGCUCAGUCCUCUGCCUGGUAGCCCACCACGAUGACUACUGUGUGUGGUACAGCCUCCAGAAGACCAGCCCCGAAAAGAAUGGGAGAGUCCACCUAGCACGCCCCGUGUGUGACUGCCAGGCUCAUCUGCUCUGGAACCGGCCUCGAUUUGGAGAGAUCAAUGAUCAGGACAGAACUGAUCAGUACGUCCUGGCCCUGAGUACGGUGCUGAAGCCAGACAGUGUCUGCUUGUGCAUCAGCGAUGGCAGCCUGCUCUCCAUGUUGGCCUAUCACCUCGGGGCAGAGCAGGUAUUUACAGUAGAGAGCUCAGCAGCUUCUCAUAGACUGAUGAAAAAAAUCUUCAAGGCUAACCACUUGGAAGAUAAAAUUAAUAUGAUAGAGAAACGGCCUGAAUUAUUAACACCUGCAGACUUGGGGGAUAAAAAGGUCUCUCUCCUCCUGGGUGAGCCGUUCUUUACCACCAGCCUGCUGCCCUGGCACAACCUGUACUUCUGGUAUGUGCGGACUGCUGUGGACCGGCACCUGGGGCCUGGUGCCGUGGUGAUGCCCCAGGCUGCUUCGCUGCAUGUGGUGGUCGUGGAGUUCAGGGACCUUUGGCGGAUCCGGAGCCCCUGUGGUAACUGUGAAGGCUUCGAUGUGCACAUCAUGGAUGACAUGAUUAAGUGUGCCCUGGACUUCAGGGAGAGCAAGGAGGCCGAGCCCCAUCCGCUGUGGGAGUACCCAUGCCGCAGCCUCUCCGAGCCCCAGCAGAUCCUGACCUUUGAUUUUCUGCAGCCUGUUCCCCCACAGCCUAUCCGUGCUGAGGGCACCAUUGAGCUGAGGAGGUCUGGGAGGAGCCAUGGGGCUGUCCUGUGGAUGGAAUACCACCUGACCCCGGACAGCACGGUCAGCACUGGCCUCCUGAAGCCUGCAGAGAACAAGGGGGACUGUUGCUGGAACCCCCACUGCAAGCAGGCUGUGUACUUCUUCAACACCACACAGGACUCCAGAGCACCGCCGGACAGCCCACGGACUGUCAGCUACACUGUGGCAUUCCACCCUGACACUGGAGAUGUCACCAUGGAUUUUACGCUCUCAGAUGCCCUCACUUGUUGAGAAAUAAAGUGGCCAAGGGCUCCGGGCUCUGAAUGGUGUGGCUUUCUGAGAAGGAAGGUGAAGGCACCUCUCCUUUCAGGGCCCAGCUUGGCCUCUGGGCUUGGA